AUUAAAAAAAUAAAUCCUUCACAGUCGGUGCUGUGUCCCAUGUUUUUCUACACAUCUUCCUCCCUUCUUCCUCCAUCUCCGUCUAGGGUUCUACAUUUUCACCCUCACAAUACUCAGAAUCAGAUCUCCUCUUAAUUAUUUUCAAUGGAAAUCUAAAAUCCUGAUCUGGGUUUGUUAGAGAAGAAGAGGAUUUGAGUUUCUUGGAUCUCUCUAUAACCGGAAAAGGAGGAGGGAAAGUCGAAGUUAUAUACGCAUGGGGCAAGAGAGCUUUGCGCCCCAGAAGAGAGCAUUGAUAGGGGGACCCGGCGGUGGCCUACCCACCACCAACGCUGGUGCCGGGAGAGGCCGUGGGUUUGCCGGAAUGCCACGGGGCAGGCAGAUCCACAAGACCUUCAACAACAUCAAAAUCACGAUUCUUUGUGGGUUUGUGACAAUCCUGGUGCUCCGUGGUACCAUCGGCGUGGGGAAUCUCGGGAGCUCUGACGCUGACGCGGUCAAUCAGAAUCUCAUCGAGGAGACCAACCGGAUCCUUGCUGAAAUCCGCUCCGAUUCGGAUCCUAACGAUCCCGACGAGCCAGCGGAAACCGAGAUCAAUCCGAAUGCCACCUACACUCUCGGCCCCAAAAUCUCUGAUUGGGAUCAACAGCGUAAGGUAUGGCUCUCACAGAACCCUGAAUUCCCUAAUUUGGUCCAUGGAAAAGCUAGAAUCUUGCUGGUUACUGGGUCACCUCCAAAUCCUUGUGAUAACCCUAUAGGAGAUCAUUACUUGUUGAAAUCGGUGAAAAACAAAAUAGAUUAUUGUAGGAUUCAUGGUAUUGAGAUUGUGUAUAAUAUGGCUCAUUUGGACAAGGAGCUUGCUGGGUACUGGGCAAAAUUGCCUUUGAUUAGGAGGUUGAUGCUGUCCCAUCCAGAAGUAGAGUGGAUUUGGUGGAUGGAUAGUGAUGCAUUUUUUACUGAUAUGGUUUUUGAGAUUCCAUUGGAGAAGUAUGCUAAAUAUAAUUUGGUGGUUCAUGGGUAUCCGGAUUUGAUGUUUGAGCAAAAGUCAUGGAUUGCGCUAAAUACUGGAAGCUUUUUAUUUAGGAAUUGCCAGUGGUCGUUGGAUUUGCUUGAUGCCUGGGCUCCAAUGGGGCCUAAGGGGCCGAUUCGUGAGGAGGCAGGGAAGAUUUUGACUGCUAACCUGAAAGGGAGGCCAGCUUUUGAGGCAGAUGAUCAAUCUGCCCUGAUUUACUUGCUGCUUUCACAGAAAGAUAAGUGGAUGGACAACGUGUUUCUUGAGAAUCAGUACUAUUUGCAUGGUUAUUGGGCAGGUUUAGUAGAUAGGUAUGAGGAGAUGAUGGAGAAGUAUCAUCCAGGAUUGGGGGAUGAGAGGUGGCCAUUUGUGACUCAUUUUGUUGGUUGCAAGCCUUGUGGUAGCUAUGGAGAUUACCCUGUCGAGAGGUGCUUGAGCAGCAUGCAGAGGGCUUUCAAUUUUGCUGAUAACCAGGUGCUUAAGCUGUAUGGGUUCAGGCACAGGGGAUUGCUAGGCCCCAAUAUCAAGAGGAUCAGGAAUGAGACAGCCGCUCCCUUGGAGAUUGUUGACAAGCUUGAUAUCCGUCGUUCAGUGCACGGGAAAAGUUGAUCACAGAGCUAGUGAUUGAAACACCUUCAUUGUGUCAUAAUCUGUUGGGAAUAAUAGAAACCCUCAGAUGAAAAGCAAAUUUGAAUUUGAUAACAGUUACAUUUUAGUUUUUUUAUUUUUUCUUUGGUAAGACAUUUGAGUAAGUUUUGAUUGAUCUGUCAUCAUGCCUGCUGUGGAGAACAAAGAAAGUAGAAUUCUUUAUGUACUUCAAUUCAUCUUCUCUCUGUUUAACUUAUGAAGGAAUUUUAUAAGCAACCCAUUGUUCAU